AUGGCAGGCGCUUUGCGCUAUAUUCCUCCGGAGCAGUCCACGUAUCAGUGGGAUAUGGCGUCCCAGUCGCAGUGGGACAAGUCACAGAUGGUCGUUCCUGCGCAAUGCUACGGAAGCGGCGCAGGCGGCGCAGGCUUUGUGAUGGAUGGCAGUUUGAACCACGAAUUGAUCCCAUGGCUUUAUGAAGCAUCGCAUCGUGCAUUUGGUCCGGGCGGCACCGCCAAUGUGCGGUGCUUGCCAGACGCCUCGGGCUACUGUGCCUACGAGGUCAUUGUGCAGGGCGACGUAGCCCAAGCAGUCGAGCAAGGCCGAGACAGCUGCUUGAUCGAGUUGCUCGCACACUAUUUGUGGCCCCUCUUGAGCGAUCCGUAUGUGGACAUGCAGCGGGGCAGCGACACAGCCACCGGCGGAGCUCGAAUCACCCUCUGGCGGUCCAGUGAGGGCGAUGCAGCCGAUUCCCAAAGGUGCUGGCAAUUCGCGAGGCACAACACCUGCGCCCGCGGCGACGCUUGCCGCUGGACCCACGAGGUCCCGGAGACGUUUGGAAUCCUCAUCAAGGUCUCCUCCGUCCGGUAUGCGAAGUGA